GAGGUAUGUGAAUGGCUUGAAUCGUCAGUCUACGCAACCGGCUGGCAGUUCUCAUCACGAUUUUAUAGGUGAUGCCAAAGAGUCCAAGGUCCCGCCGACUCCCUCAGGUGGAUUAGCAGUUGGCAUGACGGAGCAAGACAACCAGAAGAAUAAAUCCCCAAACGGGAAUGAAGCUAAUAUGAUUGUGUAUGAUUUUAUCGAGAAGAAAAAGGACAAUGUGGAGAGAGGCGGCACCAUAGGGAGUGACGCGCAGGAUGGCAGUGUCACCACGCAGCCCCCAAACGAUAAAGGAAGCAGCGGAAGCGGCGGCAGCAGUGGCAGCAGUGGCAGCAUUGGGGACGAAUCCACCCAUAAGGAAAGACAGACGGAGAGUAGCCCCCCGGGGAGUACAACAAAGCGGCGUAGCAAGGAUGAUAAGGAGGUGAACCAAAACGGGCAUGUCGAAAAAGAUCAAAUGGAAAAGGAAGAGCCACACCGGAUUGAACCCCUCCCCCCCUCU